CCCGAGUUUCGCCAGCCGCCACCACCACCGUUUCUCUCCGUACCGCUCUUCUUUUACCUCUCUGCGUCCGACCCAGGUAUAGUUUUGUCAUGGAGAAGAAGAGCAUUCUCAUGCAACGUGUGAUGUCUGUCGUGCGCUGGGUCGGUAAGAGUUAACGUUCAUUGCUGCAAGCUUACGAUAGCUCGAAUACAGGUGGUGCAGCACAGGACUCCUAAUUUGACACUACAACAUGCCUUAUGUCCCACGAGAGCUCUGGGCCUCCAAAAAUUUUCUCCCCUCGAAAUCGUCGCUCUCGUAUAAAAGAACCUUGACCGACCAGCAAAUUCUUUAACAAUGUCUGCCCCAGAAACCGCUACCAAAUUCGCACCCACCCAAUCCUCCUCUGUCCUCGGUGGACAAAUCGUCGGUCGCUCCGAGCGCCAGGCUGCUCCUCCCGCGGCUUUGAAGCUCCGUCUUGACCUUAACCUGGAGGUUGAGAUCGCCAUCCAGGCCAAGGUCAAUGGCGACAUCACUCUCUCCCUCCUUGAGUGAACUUUCGGUCGUACUUGACUGAGUCGGGAAGGUUGGUCAUAACUCAUCAGUGCUCGUCGAUGUUUUGAUGGUGGAUAAGAGAUGUAACAGAUGUGCCAUUACUUGUAGCGUCGCUUCCCAAUCCAUGUUUGACCAUUCAA